CGAAGACAAUGUCCCGGUUUUCCAAACUUGUGCAAGAUUGGAAGGAAUUGCAGCCAACACCAGUCACCAAGAAGCCUAAAAAGAAAAAGAAGAAGAAAAAAAAGGAGAUGAAGGAGCAAGAGAAAGAAAAAACUCGCUCAGCUGCAGCGACUGCUGCUGAAACAGAGAAGCAGAGAAAUGUCAUGAUAAAGGAGAUGCAAGAAGAAAUACGUUUGGAGAAGUACAAUUCAGAAAGACAUCUGCAGCUGGAAAUAGAGCAAGGAGCAAAACGAAGAAUUCAUCUCGAAAAAACCUGCCGCGUCAUCCAUAAUAAUGAAAAAACUUAUAUGGACUACGUCUUGAAGACAACCGAGGAGGAAGAAUGGUUACGGUACAUGACUUGCGAUGGUCUUCCCGAUCCCGGUGUACUCUCUCAGUUGAAUACUUUUUUAUUCCUCUGGGACCAGGAGUACGACGAGGCAUCGAUGUUGAAUGUCACGACAAAGUGCCAAGUUGUGACUUAUCUGCUCGCCAAGUUGGAUAAUAUCAUCGAUUUUUCCGUCAUGGCGGCGCGGGAGUACAUAGACGAGUGCAAAGAGAUUAGACGAAUGUUUCGGGAGAGGUUGAAGUGUUGGAUUGAUCUCGCGAGUUAUCGAUUGCUCAGGCAUAUCGAGUGGGACAUGGUCAGGGAGGAUUUGAAGAAUGCUAGAUAUGUUAAGGAGUCGAGCGAAUUAAUUUGCUGUGUUUGGGCGCUCAUUCAACUUCCAAUCAGUAUUAAACAGGUCGCUGAACGAGACAGAAAAUCGAUUGAAGUUAUCUUCAACGAGUUGGAUAUAACUCUGAAAAUGCCAGUUGACAUGGAUUGUUAUGCAAUGGCGAUCAGAGGCCUCUGGGUUCAAUACGAUCACUACUCAGAUCUGAGUCCAUCUUUUCUCAUGCCAGAGAUACCAAGAGAGUAUCACGCGAACGAAGAUCUCCUGACGUUUACGUCGAAUGAGUACGAGACAAAAAUGAAGAUCCGUGAGGAGCAAGUGGAGGGCAGAAAAUUGAGACUGGAGGAGAAAAAAGCACUGGUUGAGCGUUUGUUGAAUCCACCCCAAGCUGUGAAGGAGAAAAAAGGAAAAGGUGGGAAAAAACAAGCAGCAGUGGUUGGCAGGACUAAAAAGAGUGAACCAGAGGCGGAGCCUGAGCCACUGCCCUACUUACCAACUCCUGACGAGAUUGUACUGCAAAAAGAAGAGGAGAACAGAAAGGAAGUCCGAAAAUUGUUAUUUACAAGAUGCGAAAAAACGGAGAUAAACCUAAGGAAAUAUGCCAUCUUGGGCGGUGUCUUGAACAUUGAUUUGAUUUACCAACCGCCGCAGCCUAAGGACAUGAGACGAGAUAUUUUCUUGACCACUCUUCAGCUACCGAAAGAAUUGAAAUUCGUACCGUUCUCACGACCAUAUAAGGCACCACCGCCAGCGCCGGAUGCUGAGAGAACCCCGGAAAUAAUCGAAGCCGAGAUAAAAGCCUUAGAGGCAGCAAUGGAGAAGCUAGUUCUCAUAACUCUCCAACUUCCAGAUUCGGUUUUGUGGUUGGAGCCACCGCUCGUCGCCCAUUGGAUUCCAGAAAGGAGGAUUUGGUCGACUCAAGACGUUCACGAUAUCAAAUAUAACGAGGAAAAGCAAAUAAUCACUUUCAGAUCUGGCAGACUUGGAGUUCACGGUCUUGCAGCCUUCAAAUUCGUGAAUCUCCCUUUUCAAAGUUGGGAACUCAAACCGGAAACCGGAAAAGCUGGCGGAGUCGUAUUGACCAUCUCUGCGGCCAUUGUACAAGUGGAAUUCAUUGUCAAAGAGGACUUGGUCUGUCUCCACUCCCUGGCAGGCGGUGGCACCGCAGCCCUACAAGACCUAGUCGGCAAAUACAUGCGACUGGAUCACCUGAUUCGAAAAAUGAGAGCCGGUGGUUGUGACUUGUUUCCGGAUAGAGAUGCAAUUAGUUACGUCAAAGGUCUUCCAGUUAAGCAUCCAGUCACUGAGAGACACCUCCAGGCGUGCAUGGGAUUACUCUGCACAGCCUACAUGUUCGCAUGGUCUCGGUGGAAUGCAGCUGGCACUGCGAGGCAAAUUGUCAUGCAAAUUAAAGAAUUACACGGAUGUAUCGCUAAGGAGCGAUCUAAUAUGAUGCUCCUGGUGACGCCCCUUCAAACUAUGCUCAUUCAGUGCACGGAAGUGGGAUCGGAGUUCUGUGAUAAACCGUUAGAUGAAGAUAAUAAUAAGUUUUUUGCUGAUGUCUAUCAUCUCGCUCUUCACACUGCCGGAAUAAAAAGCCGGUUGUUGAUGAAGGCAGUGUCAUGCAAACUCGCUACGACUGUUACUAAAUUGUUAGAGGCUACGAAUGUUAUUAGUAUGUCCACGUGAUCCGAAAGACGGCGAGAAAUAUUGUCGGUAUUUCGUUGUA